ACGCCGCGGCAGCCAUGUUGAUCGUGGCUCGCACAGGGGCCCGCACCGGCAGGUUAUAGAAAGCAGGUGUCGUGAUGUUGUCCACGGUGUUGAGGAGAACCACGCCAGCACCGCGGCUCUUUCUAGGGUUGCUCAGGUCUCCAUCUCUCCAAAGCCGGGGAAGUGCUUGUGGCCGGAGCGUAACCACCGGAGACCGCGGGGAGCCGCAGCGGCUGAGAGCUGCCGCCUGGGUGCGCCCGGGAGCAUCUUCAGUCGUGUUUCCCCGACGCGGGGCAGCCACCGGGGGGCGCCGUGGAGAAUGCACCGAGAGCCCGUGCCUGACCGCCGCCUCGUGGGGACGCGGUUCUAGCCCCGAAGAAACACUCCCCGGACAGGACAGCUGGGAUGGGGUUCCCAACAAGGCGGGACUGGGAAUGUGGGCCUUGGCCACGGCGCUGGUGGUUCAUUGCUACAACAAGAGUCCGUCCAACAAGGAUGCAGCUCUGAUGGAAGCUGCCCGAGCCAACAAUGCGCAGGAAGUCCGAAGGCUGUUGUCAGAAGGUGCAGAUGUCAACGCAAGGCACAAACUUGGCUGGACAGCACUGAUGGUGGCAGCCAUUAGCCGAAAUGAGAGUGUGGUGCAGGUCCUUCUUGCCGCUGGAGCUGACCCAAACCUUGGGGAUGAUUUCAGCAGUGUCUACAAGACUGCCAAUGAAAAGGGAGUCCACUCUUUGGAAGUCCUAGUCACUCGGGAGGAUGACUUCAACAACAGACUGAACAACCGCGCUAGCUUCAAGGGCUGCACAGCGCUGCACUAUGCCGUCCUGGCCGACGACUACCACAUUGUCAAGGAGCUGCUGGAUGGAGGAGCCAACCCCCUUCAGAGGAAUGAGAUGGGACACACACCCCUGGAUUAUGCCCGGGAAGGGGAGGUUAUGAAGCUUCUGAAAACUUCUGAGACCAAGUACAUGGAGAAGCAGAGAAAGCGUGAAGCAGAGGAGCGCCGCCGCUUCCCACUAGAGCAGCGAUUGAAGGAACACAUCAUUGGUCAGGAGAGUGCCAUCGCCACCGUUGGUGCUGCGAUCCGAAGGAAGGAGAAUGGCUGGUACGAUGAGGAGCACCCUCUAGUCUUCCUCUUCUUGGGAUCAUCUGGAAUAGGGAAAACGGAACUGGCCAAGCAGACAGCCAAGUAUAUGCACAAAGAUGCCAAAAAGGGCUUCAUCCGGCUGGACAUGUCUGAGUUCCAGGAGCGACAUGAGGUAGCCAAGUUUAUCGGGUCUCCACCAGGCUACAUCGGCCAUGAAGAGGGUGGCCAGCUAACCAAGAAGCUGAAACAGUGCCCAAAUGCAGUAGUCCUCUUCGAUGAAGUAGACAAGGCCCAUCCAGAUGUGCUCACCAUCAUGCUGCAGCUGUUUGAUGAGGGCCGCCUGACAGAUGGCAAAGGGAAGACCAUUGACUGCAAAGAUGCCAUCUUCAUCAUGACUUCCAAUGUAGCCAGUGAUGAGAUCGCCCAGCAUGCAUUGCAGCUAAGGCAGGAAGCUUUGGAGUUGAGCCGCAAUCGAAUUGCUGAAAACCUUGGGGAUGUCCAGAUUAAUGACAAGAUCACCAUCUCAAAGAACUUUAAAGAGAAUGUGAUCCGCCCCAUUCUGAAAGCUCACUUCCGGAGAGAUGAGUUUCUGGGACGGAUCAAUGAGAUCGUCUACUUCCUCCCCUUCUGCCACUCAGAGCUCAUCCAGCUGGUCAACAAGGAACUGAACUUCUGGGCCAAGAGAGCCAAGCAGAGGCACAACAUCACACUGCUGUGGGACCGUGAGGUGGCGGAUGUGUUGGUCGACGGCUACAACGUCCACUAUGGCGCCCGCUCCAUCAAGCAUGAGGUAGAGCGCCGCGUGGUGAACCAGCUGGCAGCAGCCUAUGAGCAGGACCUGCUCCCGGGGGGCUGCACCCUGCGCAUCACCGUGGAGGACUCAGACAAGCACCUCCUCAAGAGCCCUGAGCUGCCCUCCCCAGAGGCUGAGAAGCGCCCACCCACUCUGCGUCUGGAGAUCAUUGAUAAGGACAGCAAGACCCACAAACUGGACAUCCGGGCACCGCUCCACCCUGAGAAGGUGUGCUACACCAUCUAGCACCCAUCUGCCUGUGUGUGCCCGUAACAUCUAAUAAAGCCCCUUGCUGUGGCGUGGCAGCUGACCUACCUUCCCCUCGUGACUCCCGAAGGCCUCAUGCCCUCUCCUGCCUUCUUGGUUACGGGUUCAUAGUAUUAUGAUCUCCGAGGGCAAGGAGCAGGAAGGCCUGUUCAGUGUGGACUCCACUCCAUGGAGUCACCACAACAUUAACAUGUUGCCAGAAGCUCCGAACUGUGCAGCAGAGAGAACAGACGUGGCUAGAAGAUAGGGACCAAGCUGUGGAAUGCCGCCGCCUCUGUGCUCACGCCGCUCGUGCCCAGGAUGUCCCCAUGGCAGUGGAGGGAGGCGAGAGCCCCAAGCAUGGUGGCGCUGUAGUUUAUCCCACAGUUCCCUUUCCCACAGCUGUCAUGGCCAGCUCCUCCACCCUGGAGCCAAGCCUUAUGACUAAGCCAGCCAAUGUAGGGCGCCCACAGGGCUGAUUGGUUCCUCUUCCUGCCUUCCUCUGGGAGGGCACCGUGGUCCCAGGUGACUACUCAGCUCCGAGGGGGGCUUAUUCCUCAGGCUGUCAAAACAUAAUGGAAAGCUGUGUGGGAGCAAGGUUAUGGUCAGGCUCCACAGGUGGACACGGAGCAGCCAGAUGAGGCUGGAAGAAGGCAGCUGAUGACUCAGUGUGGCCUGUCCACUAUGGACAGCAGGACACUGUGUUUCAUCCCAGCUGGGAAGGACACAGCAAGGCCUGGCAAGUCACUGUCAUCUGCAGAAGCCACCACCAGUUGCCCCUGUCCCCUACAGGAUUUGAGCAGAGUCCUCCUGUGUGUUAGCCAGCCUCUGUCAGGGUGCCGUGGGUCAUAGGCUGUCAUGACAAGGUGGUCAAACCAGGGCAUGGUCACGGCUCCGUGACCGCCUAGCCCCUCCCAGGCAGCCUGCUGCUCACUACCUCAGUAAUUGUAUUCUGUUUUUGCUCUUUACUUUUAAAUGGUUUGGGCUUACAGAAAAUGUUUUUAAAAAGGUAAAACUCCUACCUUGCACUCAGCCUCUCCUGAUACUGCACAGCAUAAAACCGUGGCCGGGACAGGACUGGGAAGGUAGCGCUGCUGCACUGUUCUCCUGCUCCUCUGCAGGCGUUUGGACUGCACCAGCUUUCCUCUGGUGUCGUUUUCUCAGCUCCAAGGCUGCCUGUGCACCCCACAUUGCAUUUGGCUGUCCAUCUUCUUUCCCUCUGUCUGCCUGAGGCAGUGUCUGUGUUCUUGCUCUUCUGUGAUCGUGACAAGUGCGAAGAGUUCGAGCCAGUUCUUUUGUAGAAUAUCCCUCAGCUGGGAUCUGUCUAAUGCUUUCACUGGUGAGACUGGGGUCUGCAUUUUCAGCAAGGUGACCACAGAAGCCCUCUGCCCUGCUGUCUCCCAGCACCAGCGCUGCUAACUGCAUCAUGAGGCUAGGGUUGUCUGGAUAGACUUCUCUCCUGUAAAUUAUAAAGUUUCAGGCUAGAGCAUAGCCAGUAUCAGACCUUGGCUAGCAUGCAUGAGGGCCUGGGGUUGAUUCCCAACACCAUAAAAAUAAAAGUGUAUAAGUAAGUAGAAUUUUCCCCUGGAAAAAAAUCAAACCAGACACACUGGCUCAUGCCCGGACUCCCAGCAAUUGGGAGGCUGAGGUAGGAUUGUCCUAAAUUUGAGGCUACCCUGUGCUGCAUGCUAAGUUCCAGACCAACCUAGACUACAUACCAAAACCCCGUCUCCAAAGAAAAAGGGCCAAGCAGGUAGAUCUGUCCAAAUUGGAGACUGCCCUGGUCUACAGAGGGAGCCGCAGGACACCUACGGGUGUAUAGUUGAGACCCUGUCUCAAAAAAAAAAAAAAAAAAAAAAGCCCAAAAUACGGUACAGCCGGUUAAAACAGUUGCUGCACAACUAGAUGAUUUGAGUUUAAUCCCUGGACCCACCAUGUAUAGGUGGAAACAGAAACAACUUUUAAAAAAGUGUCCUCUAACCUCCACACCCAUGCAGUGAUAUGAGAGUCCCCAUACACACGCGUGCACACACACCCGGCAGUAGUAAUAACAUGUUUAAAAGGAGCGAGGAUGUUCUGCGAAGAUCCUUGAAGCUGUUGAAAUGUUGCACUUGGAAUUUUUCUUAGACUAAGAGUCCACCUCAGCUUGGGCGGUUUCCUGUUGUAUUUGCUGUAUUACUUAUGAAGACUUCGUUGUUCCUUCUUCACCUGUAUUUAUUAAUUGGUGUUCUGUUCUAAAGAGAACCUUCUACCUCAUUCAUUGUUCAACAGUGUAUGCUAAUUUAUUCUGCUGGCUGUAAUGGCCUAGGAAAUGUGUUGCUCGGUGCAGCUGGCUUGAUGGUUGUGACCUCCUUUGUGCCCUGACCUCCGUGUUCUGGCACAGACACCGUUGCUCAGGGCUCACUCAGUCUCCGCCACAGCUCCAUUUCUCCAAAACACUUGCUUCCUUUUAGUGUGUGAACCAAUGGUUUCUUGUGCUCUAAGAGGAAGAUCUGUCUGGUUCUCUCUCCCCGUCUGGGUUAGGAAAAAGCGGUGAGUUCAGAUUGGUGCCUACAGUACAACCUGAUACUGUCAUGUACGGCAGCCUUUCUGUUCUGUUUUAAGGAAUUGUUGGUAGGAGCGUGUGUUUGUGCACCAUAUGUGUGCAGUGCUCCUGAAGGCCAGAAGAGGGCGUUGGGUGCCCUGGAACUAGAGUCAUAGACAGUACUGGGCCACCAUGCAAGUGCUGUGAUUUGAACCUGGGUCCUCUGAGAGAGCAGCAAGUACUCGGAACCACAGGGCCAUCUUUAGCAAGUGGUGGGACCCUCUUAAAAUCUGCUGUUCCUUUCCUGCCUCGUCCGCUCCUGCUUCUGUUUCUUUCCUUUCCCUGUGUGGUAUCAUACUACCCUUAGAGCAGUAGUUCUCAACUGGGGGUCAUAGCUCCCUUAGGGGUCAAACAGCCCUUUCACAGGGGUCGCCUAAGACCAGAAGACAACACAGGUAUUUGUGUUAUGAUUCAUAACUACCAAAAUGACAGCUAUGCAGUUGCGACAAAGCUGGGGGUCAUCACAGCUGGAGGAGCUGUGGGGGUCAUCACAGCGUGAGCAGCUGUGUUGAAGGGUUGCAGCGUUAGGAAGGUUGGAACGGCUGUGCCAGAGACUCUUAAGUCAGUCCGUCAGUGCCUGUCCCUAUGCCGCACUCCUAUUAGAGCAUCAAGUGUGGCCAGAAAUAGCGGCAUUUAACUCAAACUAGAUCACGUUUAUGCCUGAAAGCCCCUCGGCCCCCUUCCUGGUUGGAGGAUAGGGAAGAGAAUAGAUCCUUUGGCUCUGAGGAACCUGUGUGGUCAGUUCCAUCAGGAGGCUAGACCCAUUGGUUGUGCUGACUCGUCCAGUACCUGAGCCCCGCCCUGGCCUCUGCUCAGCGAGCACCACUUGUUGUGGUGUUGGUCUUUCUCACUAGGCCGCAAGCUCCGAGAGGACAUGCUGACCUGGCUGGCUCACAGAGCCUGCCCUAGUCCAGUGUAACAGGUGCUCCAGGAAUGUUUAGAAGGGGGAGGGGAGGUCCUAGGACAGGACACGGUGCUUAGUUCUCUGUGUACUUUACUUGUUACGAACUUGUAGCCGGGAUUGAGAUCCGAGCCAGCAGAGCAGGAUGACAGCAGGCUUCUUCUGGAGGGGCCUGCGGUGCAGACAGAAGAGGCUGAGCGGGAAGGCACAAGCCUGUGAUCCCUGCAAGGGGGGGACCCUCGGCAGGAGGAGGGUGAGUUUAAGGUGUGUUGGUUUGUUUUUAGAUUCGGGGUUAUCGGUGAGGAGGGAAGGUAAGCAUCUUCAGGGGAUGUGGUGGUGGUUCUGCAGGUUAGAGUGCUCAGAGCGCAUUCUGCUCUGGUGGAGGACCGGUCUCAGCUCACCGCUGCCCUUAGCUCCCAAGUCCAGUUCCAGUGGACCCAGUGCCUCCUGGCCCCUUUGGGUUCCUGCACAUCUGGCACACAUGAGCUCGUACACAUACACAUGAGAAUAAAAAAAUUAGAGACAUCUAAACCUCAAUUUGAGGAAAAUCUUAAGAAAUAAGCAGAAAAUGAGCAAUAAAAGCUCAAGUUUAGGAGAAAAGAUUUUUAAAAAAUUAACUAGCCAGAUGUGGUGACCUAGACCUAUCGCUCCAGAACUAAAGAGAUGGAGGUAGGGACAUCUUUGUGAUUAGCUAAAAAUGUAAGUUAAAUGGGCAAAAUUUGCUGAGCCUACUAACGGAAAAGGGGCCAAGAAAAAGCCAAAAACGAAAAUACAAGAUGAGGAAUAAGGAAUUCUGUAUAAUUCUGAAAGGGAUAAUUAAUUUCUAGAAUUUCACAGCAACAAAUGUGAAAACAGGUAAAGGACAGUGACAGCAGUAGCAGUAAGGGACUCAAGAUGUGGUUUGUGCUGUGGGCGAGGGUGUGGUGCCCUUGAGGCAGGCCUAAGCUGGGGGGCUCUGGAGUCCCUGCCAAAAAAGGCUGUGUGGGGUUACUUUGGCUUGGGUUUGGGGUUUUGGUGGCCGUGGCUUUUGUUUGUUAGUGGUUUUGUAUUUUUUGAGAUAGGAUCUUUUUGUGUAUAUCUGGCUGGCCUUGAACUCACACAGAUCUGCCUCUGCCUCCCCAGUACGGGAUUAAAGGCACGCACCACCACAAGAGAAGCCCUCUAUUAGACUUGUGUGUGUGAGUGUUGUGGGGAGGGCUAUAUUAGAGGUCAGGGGUCAGCCUCAGGUGUGUUCCUCAGUAGCCACUCACUUUGGGUUUUUUUGUUACAUUAUUAUAUCUUUACAUUUUGUGUAGUGGCCGGUACGUGUGCCGAGGCGUGCACGUGGAGGCGGGGCCUCUUGGAGGCCUUGGCCAGCCGCCUUUAUCAGCUGUCCCUUCGUUUGUGAGGCAGGAUUUCAGGAGGUGGAGGCUGAAGUAGCAGUGUAGUAGUAGCGGUGCUGGGCUCACAAGCAUGCACCACCACACUGGACUCUUUGUAGGUACUUGGGACUGAACGUAGGCCUUCACGCUCGUGUAGCAAGUCCUUUACCAAUUACACCACUCCUCAGCCCUACAAUUGAACUUUUGAAUUGAAACAUAUAUUUCAGUUUAGUUCCAACCUGACCCAGGCUGGAGGCAUCCAGGAAAAGAAGCUCCGGUUGCUAAGUGCAGCAGCAUCAUAAACUGAAAAAUAUCUACGUAUGUAUGUGAUAUGUAUAGGCACACACUUGGAGCCAUCACCGCCCCCUCCAAAUACUAGUGUGUGAAUGCUAAAUGCUUUAGACUGGGGAAAAAUCCAGUUAAGUGGUACAUUCUUAUAUACCAUUGGGAGAUAGCUGUAGGAGGAUCAGGGGAUCAGAGUCAUCCUCAGCUACAAGUUCAAGGCUGGCCUGAGCUGUAAGAGCCUGACUUUUCAAACGGUGGUGGUGGGCGCAACGGUGGCUCAUUCCUGGGAUCCCAGCUUGGGAGGUGGAGGCUGGAGCGUCAUCCCUAUACACUACAGUGAAGCCAGCCUGACCCACGUGAGACCCCAGAUAUAUGACAAAACUGAUUAAAGCCGCAUCCCAGUGUCAGCUCGGACUGGAUGCAGAAAUUCCAGGGAAGCAGGUUGAGCGGCACACACCGGCUUCGAGGUGCUGUCCGGCUGCAGCAGGGAGCAGGGCAUCCAUCUGCAGCAUCGGGGGCACGUUAGCCGAUCGUUUAUGCGCGGAGAGUGUCGGUCUCGCUUUACCGUUACUGAAGAGAAGGUCCUCGUUUUUAGAAAGUUUAAAGUGAAAGAUAAAAUCAUUAUCAGUGUGUGCAGUUUUGAGUGGGAUUUUUUUUUUCUUUGUUGUUUUCGAGACAAGGUUUCUCUGUGUAGCCUUGGCUGUCCUGAACUCUUUGUAGAUCAGGCUGGCCUCAAACUCACAGAGAUACGCCUGCCUCUGCCUCUCUGAGUGCUGGGAUUAUGGGUGUGCACCACCACACCCAGUUUUGAGUGGGAUUUGGUAAAACUCUAGGUUAAGGAAGCAUUAUUUGUAUAUGAUAGACCACCAAAAAACUAAUGUGUUUUACUUGUAAGUGCUAACUCUGUCCCUAAAGGCUGAAAUAAAACAUUGCUUAGAAGGUUCCAAUAAAAUCAGCUAGGGGAGAACACCAAGUGUGAACAAAUUUUGGAAAGUAAAUUCUCUUCUGAUGUGCAAUUAUGUAUUUAGAAAAUCCAAAGGGCAGUUGUAAAAACCUAUUAGUAAAGAUAUUUGGUGAGUGACUAAAUAAAAGCUAAAUAUACAAAAGAAA